AUGUCGGAUAAAUCUUUUCAUCCAGCUUUGACCAUCUCUAAUAUCAAGAACCAUAUUCCCAUCACUCUUGAGAUGGAAAACGUUCAAUACUCUACGUGGUCGGAAUUAUUCAAAAUUCAUGCUCGUUCUCAUAGAGUACUAGAGCAUAUUAUUCCUCCCAAAGAAGGUACGUCCAAACCACCUUCAACUGAUCAAGAGAAGGAACUGUGGACUACUCUAGAUGCCACAGUUCUUUCAUGGAUAUAUGCCACUAUCUCUAAUGAUCUCCUACAAACCAUCAUUGAGCCUGAUUCGACUGCUAUGGAGGCCUGGGGUAGGUUGCGAGACAUAUUCCAGGACAACCAACAUUCCCAUGCCGUUGCUCUUGAACAACGAUUCUCCACCACUUCUAUGGAGAAUUUUCCCAAUGCAUCCUCUUACUGUCAGCAUCUCAAGUCUCUCGCUGAUCAGUUGAAGAAUGUCGGAGCGCCGGUUUUUGAUAGCUGGAUGGUGUUACAGUUGGUUGGUGGACUAACCCGAGCCUACCGUGGUGUGGAAACGCUUAUUCGUCAAAGCAAUUCGCUUCCUCCCUUUUACAAGGCUCGCUCCAUGCUUGUUCUUGAGGAAACCGGAAUGGCAAAAGAGGCGGCAACCGAAUUUGCCAUGGUUGCAACCUCGUCAGAUGACUCCUCUGGUCAUUUGACAAACACGGGUCAGUUGAAGAGCAAAUAUUCCAGCUUGUCAAACAACAAGCGCAACUCUGGUAGCCAAAAAAAUGCUGGUCGUGGCUCCGGUGGUGGCUCCGGCGGUGCCAGAAAAAAUGGUAGUUGGAAUCCACCGGCUGCUGGGUGA